AUGAUACUUGAUAAACUUGAGAAAGAAGUAUCUAUGAAACGAGGAAAAGAUGUUCGAAUUGCUGAUAUAUUUGAUAUGGUGGCUGGUACUUCGACAGGCUCUAUUAUUUCUUUGGGGCUCACAGUGUCAGAUGAAGCCAAAAACCCUCGUCCAAAGUAUCGGGCAUCUGAUCUGGUAAAAAUUUAUAAUGAAGAUGGAAAGAAGGUUUUUGGCUCAAUUUCCCGUUGGAAUUGGGUUAAAGUGACGGCUAUGCCACGGGCAGAUGAGACGGAACAAGAACCCGCAGUUGAUACAUUCGAUUCUACAUAUUUUAAAGCACAUACCAGGAUAGAAAUGCCUUUAGAAGGGCCUUUCGAACCUUCAUAUUCUGCCCAACCACUUGAAGAAUUAUUAAGUGAAAAGUUUGAAGAUAAAUCACUUAAAGAUACUGUAAGUAAUGUAGAUGUGCUAAUUCCAGCUUAUAACAUAACUGAGAAAAGGGAAGUGUAUUUCACCAACGAUUCUUACGAUCCAAACUCUUAUAAAAUAAGUGAUGUGAUUAGAGCUAGUACUGCUGCGCCUACUUAUUUUCCGGCAAAACAAAUAGAUAAUAGCUACUACAUAGACGGAGGCGUUUUUAUUAAUAAUCCAGCUUUUAAAGCUUAUUUGGAGGCAAAAAAAAAAUAUCCUCAGGCAAAAAAAUUUGUAGUAUGUUCUCUAGGAACAGGAUUUUUUCAAGCGGAGUUAAAUGGACUGAUAAAAAGUGGAUGGAUUUAUUGGAUGAGUCCACUAAUUUCUCUUAUGAUGAAUGCAUCAACUAAACUUACUGAAGGUUAUUUAGAAAGUCUUAGAACUGAACAAGAUUUUCAUUAUUAUCGCCUUCAAUAUGAUUUGUCAGAAAAUAUUCCUUUGGAUGACACAAGAACGGAGACGCUUAAAAAACUCGCAGUCUUUGCUGAUGAGAUCACUGAGAGCACUGAAUUUAAAAAUCUGGUCGAGGAGAUUGUUGAGAAUGAGAAACUAAAGGAUCAAUAA